AUGGCUUCAGAAAAGAAACGUCCUUCCUUAACAGAUUCGGCUGAGAGUGUACCUGAAACCAAGAAGCUGCUUACUGCGAUAUCCACGCCCAGCAUGAACGGAAAUGGGACUGAUCGGAGCAACUCACAACCCGCAACGCUUCUAUUCAGGUCACAAGCAUUUUCCAUCCCACAACCCACAACGGUUUUAGCCAGCUCACAAGUGCUUUCAAUCCAACGUCCAUCCCCUUCUGCGGGACAUUAUUACAUGAUCCGCGACUCGGUAACUAGGCGGGUUAUUGCUAUUCGAGAGGGCAUUUUGAUUGUACUCCCAGAGUCAGAGAUUCGUCGUGACUUUCGCAAAGUUACCAGCCACUGGCUCUGUUACGAGCGGAGCCGCGUUUUGUGUUUUAAGAGUACAAUCACUGGCUGUUAUAUUGAUAUAAAGAAGAGCAAUGCCUCUUUGUUCCCCUUGAAAGCCGCCAAAGAAGUGCCACUCCAGAUGACUGGGACGGGAUAUUAUAGCUACUUCACCAUUCGAGUGCAGGAUGCUAGAGAGGGAACAUAUUCGUUGCUAAUGUGGAUUUCCAAUGGUCUUUGGCCGGUGAAAAUUAGUUCUUCCAACCAUGAGCAGCUUGUUGUGUGCUCUCAAGAUUACUCUGGAACAAUGUGGGAGUUCAUACCAGUGUAA